UUAAUAUUCUGUAUAAUAUAUUGUAAAAGUCUCUUCAGUGAAGCAACCCAAAAAUGGCGUCUGUAGAGUACCUCCAGGCCUCGUCAACCGGCUUCAAAGACGCCAGAGCCUACGACACGCACCGGCCGUCGUACCCUGCCGAAGCUGUCCAGAGCCUCCUGACUCGUCUCGGCGUGGCGGGCAAGCCCAAGGCGAGAAUCAUCGACCUGGCGGCCGGCACGGGCAAGUUCACGGAGCUGCUGGCAGCUCGGCCGGAGGAGUAUGAGAUCCUGGCGGUGGAGCCUACGGAGUCGAUGAGGGAGACGCUCGUUGAGAAGGGGCUGAGAGGCGUGACGGCGAAGGAGGGGACUGCUGAGAAGAUGGAUGUUGAGGAUGGGUGGGCAGAUGGGAUUGUGGUUGCUCAGGCAUUUCACUGGUUUGCGACUGAGGCUUCACUGGCAGAGAUUCAUCGAGUACUCAAGCCAGGAGGUACCCUGGGAAUGAUUUGGAAUGUGGAAGACUAUAACAAGCCAGCAUCGUGGCCUGCGAGCAGCAAAUGGGCAGAGGCCUUGAACGCCCGCAUCUUUGCCCUCCCGGACUUUGGCCCCCCACGGUUCCGCCACAACAAAUGGCCGCUGGUGUUCGACCGCCAGGCCAGAUUAGAAAAGCCCCUGUUCUCGACACCAAUCGGAGAGGAAAAGGUCCCAUGGACCGUCUGGCUGGAGAAGGAUGCGGUGUGGAACCGGGUGCACACGCUUAGCCAUGUGUAUACCUUGGAGGGCGAGGACAAGGCUUCGUUCAAGGCGAAGUUUGAUGAGGAGGUGAAUGAGAAGAAUGGCGAAGUGAAUGGCAAGGGCGAGAUGGGCGUGCAUGGAGUGACGCUCUUGGCAUGGAGUAGGAAGCUGUGAGGAUGGCCUCGUAUCUGUAGGAAAAUCAUGAAUCAAAGGCGCAGUAAAGAUUGCUGUAGUAGAGACGAAGUAGUAAAGUUCAUUGCACUUAAAUGGAAUUUCAUUGUGUAUCAAUUAUGAGUCCGCUGAAAUAUACAUGA